AUGUUGCGACCGGCUGUAACUCUGUUUUCGAUCAUCGGUGUGGUCCUGUCCGCGGCCGAGGGGGCGACAACGAACUACUGUGACAAAGCGCUGUGUGGCACCUCCACGCAUAUUGCCUGCAACAACAGUGGUGCCUGGUCCUCGGCCUGUCCCACAAGUCCCGCCCCAUCGGCUGUGACCUUUAAUGCGUCCCAGAGGAAACUAAUCCUCAAGAUGCACAAUGUCAGGCGGAACAACAUAGCCAGCGGAGUGUUGACCAAAUAUAAGCCAGCCAAACGGAUGGCCACGAUGCAAUGGAAUGCAGAGCUGGCCAAAUUGGCGGCCCUGAAUGUCAAGCAGUGCGAAAUGAACCAUGAUGCCUGCCACAACACGCAGACGUUCUCCGCCAGUGGCCAGAAUCUUGCCAUGUAUGGUUACUCGGGUCUCCAGUCAGGCAUGACCAUAGCACAGCUGAUCAAUGCCUGCGUGAACAAUUGGUGGAACGAGAAGAAGGAUGCCACAAUGGCGGUCAUCAACAGUUAUCCCAGCGACUGGACUGGACCGCAAAUUGGACACUUCACUGCCAUGGCCCAAGAGAAGAACACCCAUUGCGGCUGUGCGGCUGCCUUUUAUACGGCGAGUGGCAUGAACUAUUUCCUGUUAGCCUGCAACUAUGCCACCACCAAUUGGGUGGGCAGUCCCGUCUACCAGAGGGGUGUCAAGGCCUCUGGCUGCUUAAAGGGCACCAAUGUCAACUAUUCAGGAUUGUGCAAGGUAACAGAGGUCUACGAUGUGUAA